CGAGGGCUUUAGAUCCCCAUUCGGCACUCCACAAAGAGCAGGAACAGCAGACUGAAUCAUCAGCCACAUUUGGAGACCAAAUCAGCUGUGAACGUACACCUGUAGCUUUGAGCUGAAGUGGAUGUAAGGUUCAUGUGUAUACAGACCUCUUAGGAAGAGGCCUAGGGCUAUGAGCCUGAUGCAGUGAGGAGUGGAAGGAAGACCAGUCUCAGUAGGGCCCAUGUGUGACCGAAAAAGCUCCAGGAGGCAUGGUGGGAAGCGGGAAUCUCGUUCUUCAGGAGAAUCUCGUUCUUCAGGAGGAUCAGCCGAAGGAGGAGGGGGUGGAGGAGGUGGUAGUGGUAGUGGAGGAGGAGUGGAGGGUCCCACGCUCCUAGUGGACGUUAAGGAGUUUCUCGCUAAAGCCAAAGAAGAUUUCCUAAAGAAAUGGGAGAACCCAGCACAGAACACUGCGUCUCUGGACCAUUUUGAGCGGUUGAAGACGCUGGGCACCGGCUCCUUUGGACGAGUCAUGCUAGUCAAGCACAAAGAAUCAGGCCAGCAUUUUGCCAUGAAGAUCCUCGACAAACAGAAGGUGGUGAAGCUGAAACAGAUAGAACACACACUGAAUGAGAAACGCAUCCUGCAGGCUGUCAGCUUCCCCUUUCUUGUGCGAUUGGAGCAUUCUUUCAAGGAUAAUACUAACCUGUAUAUGGUAAUGGAGUAUGUUCCUGGAGGAGAGAUGUUUUCUCACUUACGUAGAAUCGGAAGAUUUAGUGAGCCUCAUGCCCGAUUUUACGCCGCCCAAAUAGUUCUGACCUUUGAAUACCUUCACUCACUCGAUCUCAUCUACCGAGAUCUGAAGCCUGAAAACCUGCUCAUAGACCAGCAGGGCUACAUACAGGUAACAGAUUUUGGAUUUGCUAAACGUGUAAAGGGCAGGACCUGGACACUGUGUGGCACACCUGAGUACCUGGCACCAGAAAUCAUCCUCAGUAAAGGCUAUAAUAAAGCUGUGGACUGGUGGGCUCUGGGAGUGCUGAUCUACGAGAUGGCUGCUGGUUACCCGCCAUUCUUUGCUGACCAGCCUAUCCAGAUCUACGAGAAAAUUGUCUCCGGGAAGGUCCGCUUUCCUUCACAUUUUAGCUCUGACCUGAAGGAUCUGCUGAGAAACCUGCUGCAGGUCGAUCUGACGAAACGCUUCGGGAACCUGAAGAACGGCGUCAACGACAUCAAGGGCCACAAAUGGUUUGCAACCACCGACUGGAUUGCAAUCUACCAGAAGAAGGUGGAAGCCCCGUUCAUCCCUAAGUGCAAAGGCCCCGGGGACACCAGCAACUUCGACGACUACGACGAGGAAGAAAUCCGGGUCUCUAUCACGGAGAAAUGUGGAAAGGAGUUUGCUGAAUUCUAGAAGCAGCAGCAGCAGCGGUGGAGGAGAGGCAUGGAGAGAGAUUAGACGUGGGGCAACAGAGAGAAGAAGAAGACAAGGAUGAGGUUUUCCAGGUUGGGAUGAUGGACUGGACUGAGCCUGUAUUCGGUAACAACAACGCAAAGCCCUCACACACAGACGGAGGGAGAAUAGGAGUCCUGAGAGAUAAAGAGAGAGAGAGAGACGCCAGCGGUGUUGCCUUUUCAGAUCCUUCGUCACUUGUUACUUGUCCAUUUUCAUGUUUUCCCUCUUGUUUGGUAGCCAGGGUCCAUUGGGCAGAGAUUCAGUCACCUCUCUGGGACUGGCUGGCAUGGGGAUAUUUGUGACUACUUUUUUUUUUGUUUGUUUGUUUUUUUCUCCAGAGAUAUAGAGGUUACUUUCUGGUACUGAAUUUUGGCUUCUCCAGAGAAAAUUACCCCAUAUUACUUCAAUUUUUUUUUAAUUAGCAAAGGUGUCCUUGCUCUGUAGUUAUCCACUCUUUCACAUAUUCUUUUCAUUAUUUUAAUUUCCAAUGCACAUAUUGGCACUCAAUACCAAAUCAAACCAACUGAAACUUGUGCAGGAGUUUUGUUUUCGAGAGAUCACCCAUUUCCGAUUUGGAUUUCAAGCAUCACACUAUCAUUUAUCAUCAUGUAUUAAAGGGAUAGUUCACACAAAAAUCAAAUCUGCCAUUUCUUUCUUCCAUUGAGCACAAAAGAUUACAUUUUGAAGACUUCUGGUUGCUGGCGCGCAUUGACUUCCAUAGUAGAGGAGUAGUAAACUUCUAUGGAAGCAUUUUGAUGGGUAUUUCUUGAAAAUAUCUUGUGUUCAACCGAAGAAAGGUUUCAACUACAUGAGGAAGAUUUUUCUUUUUGUGUGUGUUAUCCCUUUAAUUUGGUACAGUUUCCUGCAGUGCUCUCAGAUCAGGCAGAAUCAGCCGGUUAAUAUAAAAAUACUUGAUUUGGAUUGAUUAGCUUCGUGUAUUUCAAGUCCUAAAAAUCUUGUCAUAGUGAUGGAAUGUGGUUUGUCUUCAAAAAGCGGCCACGGAUGAAACCGUAACUUACUUUAUAUUGCAGAUUUGUAGCAUGUAUGAGCAUUCUCGAUGCUCCAAAUCCAUUAUUUCAUCCGUUUGUUAAGUUUUGCUUAAUUCUAAGGUACAUUUUUUUCAGAAAUCGGUGAACAUAAAAUGUAAGAUAUAGUUCAAGCACAAAGGUUUGUGAUGCAGAUGAUCGUUUUUAAAAAUGACGCUUUUAAGGAAAACUAAAUCUGUUAAAGGAAGGCACUGUUUCUGUGGUUACACUGGGUUUCUGAUGGAUUAUGAUGUUGUUUUAUUAUAUAUAGUUUUCUGCCAUGUCACCUGCCAGUGGCCAACUUACCGAAAACAGAAUAACCCUCUUCUAAACAGCCUAGUCAAGUUGUUUGAAAGUUUGGUGGGUUAUCAAUGAAUUUAACUUCUCUGAGGCUUCACUAUUCAAGCUCCAUUUCUGCUUUAAACAAAGUUAGCUGUUCAUAUAGACUGAGAAAAUGCACUUAAUGUAGUUAAUCUUCAGCAGAACAAGAAGAUUUUAAGCUGAAGCUGUAUUCCUUGGUAAUUGAUCAAAUCAAUGGCAAUUGGCUUUUUUUUAUUUUUUUUUAAGUCAAACGAAUAUACAGGAUAAACAAAAUAGAUACCUGUGGCUCUGGAAUAGCGAAAUGAUCAGUCUGUGCAGGAAACUGAAUCUUAUUUAAAACAUUCUAAACCCAAACCGUUUGCUGAAGCUGAGUUUUCUGCCGCAUUAUUCUCAUGUAAGCUGACACUGUUUGUUUACAUCAAUUAAAGGUUGUAGUAAUGUUGUAAAUAGUGUUCAGUUUCAGCCUCAGGCUGAUUGUUUUGCUUUAUAAGACUGUAAUGUAUCAUCAUGAGCCAUAUGGAUUCAUUUCAUUUUUGCUGAAUGUUUAUGACGACUUCGAAAGUGUUUGUAAUGGCUCACUUAAAGGGGUAGUUCAUGCAAAAAUGAUAUUGUUCAUUUAUGUAAUUCAUGUAAAUGUUGUUUUAAACCUAUUUGAGUUUCUUCUGUUGAACACAAAAGAAGAUAUUUUGAAAAAUGCUGGAGGAUGGUGCCCAUAGUCUUCCAGUGUAGGGGAAAAAAUGCUAAAGAAGUCAAUGGGUGCCAGCUACUAGCAACAUUCAAAGUAACUUACUUUGUUUACAUCAGAGGAACAUCAUACAAGUUGUAAAACAUGUAAAUGAUAGCAGAAUUUUCAACUUUGGGUGAACUAUGGCUAAAAUUGCAGUUUUUGGUAUCUUAUUAAAGGGAUAGUUCACCCAAAAUUAAAAAUUCUGCUGUUAUUUACUCUGUUUUACAACCUGUACAACUUUCUUUUGAUUAAAAAAAAAAAAAGAAUACAUUGAAUGUUGCUAGUAGCUGGCACCCAUUGACUUCUAUAUAAUAUUUUUCCCCUCUAUAUAAUUGGAAGACUAUGUGCAUCAUUCUUCAAAAUAUCUUCUUUUGUUUUCAUCAGAAGAAAGUCUUUUGUAAAAGUCAGGUUGUAAAACAGAAUAAAUGGCGACAUAAUUUUCAAUUUAUAGUAAUCUAUCCCUUUAAUAAGAUAUCAAAACCUGGAAUUUCAGCCAACACUCUUUUCUAAUGAAUGGCAGUAAAUGAACAGCAUUUUCUUUUUGUUAAUUCGUUCUUUAAGAUUGCAACCAGCUCCGUUCAUUCGGCUUAUUGAAUUGAGUUUGCUUUCUAUCUUGUUUUUUGUAGGACACAAGACAAUCUGAAAACACGUCCCCAUGAUUGUUUAGUUUUUUCAGAUGUGUGCAAUAUUGUGUAGUGCGUUUCAAAGAUUUUAUUUUGUUGUUGAUUCAAAGAAUAUAUUAGUUGUUAAAGGAGAAGUGUGGUUCGUCUGCCACUAGGGGCACUAAAGUAAACCUCAUUUUGAUGGUGUAACCAAACAGAAAGAACGCUAUAUUUGAUUCUGACAGCUUUUGCGAGUUUUCAUUCUUCUAAUGGAACGCAAUUAAGGAAAAUUUGAAAUUUACGAAAAUUCUAGCAGUGCGAUUAAUCAAAAUCUUUGGUUUUGUUACGUUUUCUUUUUUUAUGAUGACUAGUGUAACUUAAUUUUGCUGAAUGUUUGCAACAAACGAUUAGUGCCAGGUUAAAAAUAUGUUUCGAGCUAUACUUUGUAUGCAUUUUAGUAUUGGAGUUCUCAAUCUCACACCGAAUAGAAAAGGGUAGUUCACCCAAAAAUGUAAAUUCUGCUAUCAUUUACUCGUACAAAACCAGUUUUAGUUUCUUCUGUUGAACACAGAAGUAUAUAUUACACAGCUUUUGAAGAAGCCACCAACUUUCUUCAAAAUAUCUACUUUUCUGUUUAACAGAAGAAAGGAGAGUGAUUUCAGUUUCUGGUAAGGUCAUUUUCAUGUUUGGGUGAACCAUCCCUUAAUGAUCAUAUAGUGUUUGUUCAUUUACAUCGACAAGUCACCGCAACCUGCCAGGAUCGCAGCCAUAAACGUACCCGUUUUUAAUCAUUAUAGGUGCUUAAGUACCUUUUUAGAAAUGGGCUGCUGUUUUGUCAUCCUUGCUUCUCGACUAUUGCUGGCAGAUUCGCUCUCCUCGUUUGUAGGAGAAACGGCUUCAUCUUACGGCUUCGAAAAACAAUCAGUGUUCAUAGAUUGCUUCUGUUGCGUUUUAGAUUACCCAGCAGGCUCUCGAAGAAGCAACUUGAGACUAUCCUCAACUGGUGCAUAUAAUGAGUUCUAAUGUACAGGUUUUCGUGUGAGCUUUCCCCUCAUCUUCGAGCUUGAUCGUGAUUUAUUUGAAGGGUUUGUCUUAAGAUGGCAGUGUUUUAAAUGGGUGGCUGGAGAUGACGGCUCAAAUGCACCUUUCAUUACACACUUUAAUUUUUGUCGGUCAGAGCAUGGAAAAUACGUGACACUCUUGCCGAUAGUCAUCCCUCUGUCUGCCUGGCUUUCAGAUAUGUGGGUGUCACUCCAGUUUCACACUCAUCUGCUCAUUUACACUGACUGUCAAUCAUCUUUUUGCGUGUGUGCGAGUGUGUGUGUGCGCAUCAGUCCAUGAUACAGUUUGCCUUUGUACACAUCCAGUUUCCUACACUCUUCUAUUUGCUUUUUAAAAAAAGGAGAUCAUGAAGAAAACAUUUGAUUUACUUUUUGCAUAUUUUCUAAGUGUAUUUUCAAUAACAGGAGUCUCUUUCCUCCCGACAUGGGUAUGGUGAUGGUGUAGUCUAUUGUACCUUUUUUCGGGAAACAAUACUGUAUAUUCUCUGCCUUUAACAGUCUUAAUUAUUUUACCUUCUGGAGAAGUUGACGGAUACCCGUAGGACACAUCGAGUAUGUUUAAAAACGACAAAAAAAGAAUAAAAUAAAAAAAAUUCACAGAAUAAUAUUUUGCAACAUGUAUCAUUCCAAUAAAGUUUUAAUUGUUAAAAUUACAGAAA